GCCCUGGCGCCGCUUGGCCGCGGCCGUGCGGCACGGCUGGGCGCGGAGCCGCGCGUCGCACCGGGCGGCGGUGAGUCUGGCGCUGCAGGACGGAGAUGCUGCUUCGAGGAUGGUGACGUUCUACCGCCAGCACUUGUUGGCAGCAAUGCUGAGCUGCUGGCAGCAGGAUGCGGUGCGAGGGAGCGAGAAAAAGCGCCAUGCAGGGCCACAGAUGGCAACCUGGAAGCGCGCGGUCGCGGAGUUCGCGGUCUUUGGCCGGCGACGGCGCUUCUUUCAGCUUUGGCGCGAAGCGCGCCGGUGCCGUGCGCUGGAUGCGGGAGUCUGGCAGAGAGCAGGCCGCUCCCGCCGCGGCGCGCCGUGGCGCCUUUGGAUGGCCUGGCGCUGCUUUGCGCGCGGCCGGCGGCGCACGGCCGAGCAGGGCCGGCAGGUGCAAUCUCUGCGCGGCGGCACCUGGCUGCUGCAGCGGCACCUGGCGCGCUGGCGAAUGGCCGCGGCGGGCCGCUGGCAGUGCCAGCGGCGCCGAGAGCGAAGGACGCGGCUCCUGCUGCACGCGUGGCGCCGCUGGGUGACCUCCGCGAGGCAGCUGGAGGGGAUGCUUUCGCACCGCGUGGUGCUGCAAGAGGGAAGACUCUUGCAGCGAACCCUGCAGCGGUGGCAGUGGGAGGUCCGUAGCCGCGUCGUGGCUCGAGGCAUCCAAGCGAAGCGGCGGCACCUGUGGAAGAUCUCCUUGCUGUCUGCGUGGCGCGAGGAGUGCCAGCGGCUUCAGCUGCUCCGAGUCGUGUGGACCUGUUGGCUUCGGCACCGGCAGCAGGAGCGUCACGGCCGUGCCUUGCGCGUGUUGGGGCCCUUCAUGGCAGCCUGGCGUGGCCACGGCCAUGCGCGCGAGGGGCUGCGGCGCAGGGCUGCGGAGCAUUUGCUCCAGGCUCUUGCCAAGACCAGAGAGCAGCUGCGAGAUUUGGCCUUUGUCCUCUGGGCCCAGCGCACAGCGCGUGCCGCCGAGCAGCGGGGUCAGCUUUGGCACCUGGAGGCGCAGCGAAGUGCAGGCGUGCUGAAGCAUUGCUUGAGAUGUUGGCUUCAUGUGUUGAGAGCUCACCAGGGCGAGCGGCGUCGGGCCAAGGAUGCCUUGCUGGCCUGCGCCCGUGGAUGGCGCACCCUGACCGAGCAUGGCCUGCACUCCAGGCGAUCGGAGCGCGCUGUGGUGGCUUGGCGGUUUCUCCUACUGGAUUUGCUGGAGUAUGCUCGCCCGGCCCGUGCGUAGCAACUGAUGCUCUCUAUUUUGCAGCUCGACUGACUCGGAUUCAUAUAGUUGUAGUUGCAGCAUGCGAACACCGAAACAGCCCAGCGAACCAAGCAUGUCGAAGGUCGGGCCAGAACCAACCUGAGCGGCGACGAAAAAGCCCGCCGCCGAAUCGACCGGCCCCACUCGAUCGCUGUGUGCGGUCGGCAUCCGGCCUGUCUUGAAUUGGUUUCGCUGCCCAAAACGUGGGCGGUCUGCACCCUUGGGCAGGAGGGCAGCGGCCAGUGAGGUCAAUGUGGGUC